UGCCUCGGUCUGCCCACCUGAAGAUGGCUGGUGCCUGCCCUGGGACGCAGCCCAGCGCCUGAGGUCCUUACCAUGGUGAUGAUCCUGAGGAGAAGCCUCGCCAACCCGGGAGCUGACGCUGUAGCCUGCGGGACCUUCAGCCCUGAACUGCAAACGCCAAAGAAGAUGAGUCAAGGACCUACCCUUCUCUCUUGUGGAAUUAUGGAAAAUGACAGAUGGCGAGACCUGGACAGAAAAUGCCCUCUUCAGAUUGACCAGCCAAGUGCCAGCAUUUGGGAAUGCCUACCAGAGAAGUGUCAGGAUGGCUCCCUGUGGCACCGAGAGGCAGUGACCGCCUGUACAGUCACCAGCCUGAUCAAAGACCUCAGCAUCAGUGACCACAACGGGAACCCCUCAGCGCCACCCAGCAAGCGCCAGUGCCGGUCACUGUCUUUCUCUGAUGAGAUGUCUAGCUGCCGGACGUCAUGGCGGCCCUUGGGGUCCAAAGUCUGGACUCCUGUGGAGAAGAGACGGUGCUACAGUGGGGGCAGCGUCCAGCGAUACUCCAAUGGUGUCGGCCCCAUGCAGCGGAGCUCCAGCUUCAGCCUCCCUGCCCGGGCUAACGGGCUGUCCUCGCCCUGCCACCAGGUGGGCCUGUACCACCACUUUGGGGGACAGCCGUGCCAAGGGGCACCAGGAUCUACCCAUUGCGGACAGCCGAGUGACACUUGGAGCCCUGACCCACGUUCGACGGAAGGGGGCCGGCUGGACCUGCAGCGAUCGCGCUCUUGCUCACAUGAGCAGUUUUCCUUCCUGGAAUACUGUCCCCCCUCGGCCAACAGUACCCCCGCCUCAACUCCGGAGCUGGCGAGACGCUCCAGUGGGCUUGCCCGCAGCCGCUCCCAGCCGUGUGUCCUUAACGACAAGAAGGUCGGCGUGAAGCGGCGGCGCCCUGACGAAGCGCAGGAGCAGAGGCCUUCCCUAGACCUUGCCAAGAUGGCACAGAACUGUCAGACCUUCAGCAGCCUCAGCUGCCUGAGCACAGGCAUGGAGGACCGCAGCCCCCAGAGCCCCUUCAACCUCAUCAGCAGCACCCGAUCCUGGACCGCCUUGCUCUCAGCCUCCAGCCCGGGAGGCAGGACCCCCGCGGGAACCCCGGUUCCGGAGCCUCUUCCCCACUCCUUUGACGACCAUGACCACUUCGCCUGCCAGGAGGACCUGUCCUGUGAGGACUCAGAUGGCCACACCCCCGAGGAGGAUUGCUGCGGAAGGGGGGAGCCGGCCCCAGCCUGGCGGGACUGCGGGGCCACUGUGAAGAGCCUCUGCUCUCUGGAUGGCGAGUUGGACAUUGAACAAAUAGAGAACAACUGAGGGGCUGUGGGCCCUGGCCCGGGGGGUGGGCAUGGAGAUUGAUAGGCCUCCCUCUGGGCCCUAGACGACACGCAGAGAGGGAACCCGCCCACCUCCCAGGGAACAGCAGCCGCCCUGCAGUGCCCAGGCUCUGUGAAGGCAACUUGGCCCCACCGUGCAGGGGAACGACUGGCUUCCCACCAGGUCCAUGGAACUACUGUAGCCCAAGAGCAGCUUUCUGAUUGGGUCCUCCUCUCCUUACUCCUUGUGGGUGUGGAGUAGCCACUCCCAGUCGGGAUGGGCCACACUACAUCCCUCAGGUGGGGUGACAGGGGCCUGGGCCCUCCAUGGCCUCUCUCAGGUUCAUCUGGGGGAGUCCCCCAAAGCUUCCUUCACUCAGUUUACUCCGUGCCUUCUCUCCCAGGUCUCCCCACUUGGGAAGGUUCGGGAGAUGCUUCUUGUAGUGACACCAGACCGUGUGGCCUUAAUCCACGUGGGGUGCUUGGCGGGGCUUUUGGACAAGCCAUGACUGGUCUCCCAGGGAGACCCGAGGCUGUCUACUGGGUAGAAAUUUGUUGGAGAUGUUGGUUGGAAGAUAGGCCUACCAGCUUCUCCCAUGGCACCGAGAGCCACCCAUGGCCCUGCCAACUCAGAUGCUGGUUUGGUAAGGCUGCCAGUGGCAGUUCUCUUGUGCUCCUCCCCCACGUCCCUGAGGGACGAGCAUGGUGGAUUCAUAAGCACAGGAAUGCCAGUGACAAAAGGGUGACCUCUUCACAGUAUCCUCAGGAGAUAGGAGCAGGCACGUGACUGUCCCCCUGUGCACCUCCCAAGGCUGAAGAAUGUCUGCUGGCUCCUCUGCAAGCAGCAGCCUGGGCCGGGAGCCUGCGAAGCCCUGCCGUGUUCCUAGCCUGCUCCCACUGGCUCGUGAGCACUGCUGGCUGAAUCAGAGCACACCCCUGCCCACCUCAGGACACCCACCCGCCGUCUGCUGAGGCCAGGGCCGUCCUAAGGGCUUCUCCGGCCACGGCACAGCUUGAUGCACACUCACCCUCACAGCUCCUCACUCCUGGCACAGCCCCACAGGGGGCACAUUCAAGCAGCUUCUCCAGCCCACCCUACAGAUACCACUGGGCUCUGCACUCUGGGAAUCUGGCUUUUAGCAAACUUGGCAUCCUCUGCAGACAACAGCAAGUGGGCCGGCCUAUACAAGUGGCUCGUUUUCCCACAAAGCUAAAAAUAACUGCUGUGUUCUCUUGAGCUCGGACACGCAGGCACUCUUACACUCUCUGCCCGGCACUCCUCCGUGGCUCCGGAGCGUCCUCCUGCUAGUUGAGCCCACAUGGUUGUCAACUUUCUCCUAAAGGAUGACCUUGGUGGGAAAGUUUUGUUUAAGCUUUCAUUGUUAAUGUACCGUAAGGGUAGAGAGAUUCAAGUUCUGAUAAAUGGGUGGCAUUUCUUUAAAAUCAACCCAAAGAUGCUUGUAGGAUGUUCCAUGCCCAUGGCACAUACAGAGAUGCCCUUAGCGCCAGGUUGAGCAGCAUGGUUGGUGGGGGAGUCAGCUGGCCCUGAAAAGCCAAGCCAGACACUUGGGUGAGACAUGACACGUGACCCCUGUCCAGUGGAUCGUGAAGGCCAGAUCUUGUCAGAUCGAAUUUGGAGGAAAGCAGCUGUUGGUAGAGUCUGGAAAGCACCUACCAAUGCCCUGUGCUCCCAGAAAGCCCAGGGUGGGAGGCUCUGGCACCUAUGGUGCCCUCACAGUCCCUGAAGAUAGCGUUCCCAUGGAAGGCAGAGUCCCAUCCUCUGCUCCAUGUUGCAGGGCCAGCCAAGGCUAAGAUAUGGAACAGCUGUCAACUGUCUCCUUGGGACGGGGGGGGGGGGGGGGGGGGGCGGCUCCUGGUGGCAGGUGUGUGUUCCUGGGCUGUAGCCUGUCGUUGGAUCGUGCCCCACCCCAGGCCUGACGGCAGGACACAGGAACUUACCGGAUCCCAGUUUCAUCUUUCCCCCACUCCCCAGCCAGUCCUAGUGACCCCCACACCACCCUAGGGCAUUGAUCCCUGAGCAGAAAGAAAUGCUUCAAACCUAGGCCAGGAAUUGGUCCUUUCCAGCCUCCUUCAGACUGUCCCUGUCUCACCAAAGACCUUAGUGACUCAUGACCACAGGCAGGAGGUAACUUCUGCUCAGGGAAAGAAGUGUCCUUCACUUGGCUUCUGUGUAUCUUUUCCCUGGGCAGAGAAUGAUGUCACCGAGCAAGUGCCAUCACCUUCUCUGCAGCCGUGUCCCCCAGAGAGGCCCGUUUCUGUGCUGCACUAACUGGCCCUCAGGCCCUUUGGUCUUGGAGGAAGGCUCCCAUGUCAUCGUCACCAUUGGCGGGGAGCGGGCAGGCAGGCUGGCUCCCAGCAGCACAGGGACCUCACCUGAGCAACAGCAAGAGCCUCGUGUCCAUUGGCCUCCUGUGGGUCCCUGCCCCCCCCACCCCCACGCAGACACUGAGGACGGGCCUCACCACCCACCAGCCUGAAGGGUCAGAGUAGUGUGUGGCUCCAGCAACGCAGGGUGGGCGAGAGCACUUCCGGCCACGCGGCAUCUCACUGCAGACACCACUGACCCGACGGGAGCUGCUCUCUGCCAGGAGCCUGGGCCUGGGCAGCAGUCCAGCAGUUUACACGUCCACACACCCUCUUGCCUUACUUCCAGACGGUGGACACUGGACCCUGGCCAGUGUCUGUGGGCUCACUGACAUCCAGGCCCACGGAGCCGCUCUGACCGUACCAGAGGUGCAUUCAAAGAAAGCCUUAUUUUUCAACACACUUUUGUAGCGGGAAAGUUUUGUGAAUUUGUAUGCUUGAAAGUUAAAUAAAGGAAAUGUCCACAUUAAAAAGGGUUCUUCCUCCCUGCCCCCUUCAAUAUCCAGUUAGGUCUCCUGUGCAGAUGGGUUUGAUUUUCCGCCCGCUUAGCAAGCAAGGUUGAUAGCAAUUAAAACACACCUGGCUCAUGAGCCCUGUUUCUACUGAGGUGAUCAACAUCACCUGAAAAGGGCCACUUCAGUCGUGAGUUGUGUUGGGCUCAGAGGCCCCUGCCUAGCCUCCCUCUGCCACAUCUGUGCCGCUGGCCAGACCCCUCGCUGCUGCCGGGCCUCCUGAGAAGAGAAGAGAAAGCUGUCUUUCUGAAAUUGCGGACAGAAGUGGAGCGCUCGUAGCCUAGGUAGGAUAGUCUCCUUCUAGCAUAGUCUCGUUGGCCAAUGAAUUGUGUUAUCAGUAUGUGGGGGGGAUGCCCAGGACUUGGGGACCCAUGGCCUAUGGGCUGCCCCAGCCAGGUUGUGGUGGUGCAGAGCUUCGGGAAGUACGCCGACGCGUGCUGGGCCAGGCCCCCCGCCAGGGCAGCAGUCUGUGCCCAGAGGACACCGAGCCUGUGUGCCCACAGCCCUGACCGCCGUGCACUAGAGCUGCCCCAGUCUCAGGAAUCUGCUUGUUACUGUUACUGUGUAAAUAAAGCGUCCUGGUCCACACCCA